ACGCAAAUUUUGAGCUUCGUUGUCAAUUGGGGGCAUUGAAUUUGUGGAUUUGGGUUUGAUGAAUUAAACAUAUUUAAUAUUUGUUUGAUUUCAUAUUAAAUAAGAAAUGAUUGAGAUAUAUAUUUUUUGUUUUUGAUUUCCAAGUAUGAUUUCAUGUAAAAUUUACUUGUUAGGCGUUGAUUCUGUGAUUAUAUUGCACUAACUCUAGUUUUUAUUUAAUUAUCAUCAUGAUAAUACAUUAAUACUUGUGAGUUUGUACCACAGUGUUAAUUAUCAAUUCAUCACCAAUUUAGCUGUAGAAAUUUCUGCAUUUUUUGGUUUCGAUAUCAGUUGAUUGAUCAGUAAUGGAUAAUGCAGCACUGCAAGAGUGCUCUGUACCUCAACAUGUUCUCCGGAAAAUACUAAGUGCGGGAGACUCAUCUACCCUCGUGAAUUCGUUGGAAAACUUAAUACAAGUUUGUAGAACAGCAGAUGGUCGUGCAGGCCUUGCGUCUGAGGAUAUUCUUCCCCCUGCCAUCCAGCUCAUACAAUCUCUCCCUUACCCUUCUGCUCACCAUCCUCUCACAUUAUGUUUAAAGCUCGUAAGAAAUCUUUGUGCGGGAGAGAUUGCAAAUCAGAACUCAUUUGUUCAACAUAAUGGAGUUGCAAUCGUAUCGAACGUUUUCAACUCUGCGAGCCUUUCUUUGGAGCCGGAUGCUGGGAUCAUUCGUAUGGGGUUGCAAGUUCUUGCUAAUGUUUCAUUGGCUGGAGAACAACAUCAGCGUGCAAUUUGGCAGCAACUUUGACCAAAAGAGUUUGUUGCUCUUGCAAGAGUUCAGAGCCGGGAAACUUGUCAUCCUUUGUGCAUGGUUAUCUAUGCUUGUGGUGACGGAAGCCCCGAACUGUUUGCCCAACUUUGCAGUGCUCGUGGAAUAACUGUCGUGAAAGAGAUUGUAAAGACUACCAGGUAACUUUUUGGUUUUGGCGAAGAUUGGUACAAAUUGCUUCUUUCAAGAAGCUGCUUAGAAGGACCUUACUUCCAGUCACUUUUCUCUAAUUUAGGUUUUGUGGGUGCUACUGAGAAUGGUGAAGACACUGAAUUUAGAGUUGACGCUUUCUCAGCCGAGCAAGCAUUUUUCUUGAGAUGCAUGUCUGAUAUCUUGAACGAGCGACUUCAAGAGAUUACUGUGCCCAGUGAUUUAGCUUUCUGUGUUUUUGGGAUAUUUAAGAAAUCUAUUGGGAUUCUUAAAUGUGCCACAAGAGGCAAGUCUGGACUUCCAACGGGUUCUAGUAUGAUAGAUGUUCUAGGAUAUUCACUCACAAUCCUGAGAGAUAUAUGCGCUCAGAAGUCCGUAAGAGGCUCUAACGAGGACCUGGGGGAUGCUGUUGAUGUUUUGCUAUCCCAUGGCCUCAUAGAAUUACUUUUAUGUUUGCUUCGUGAUCUUGAGCCGACAUCAGUAAUGAGGAAAGCUAUCAAGCAAGGUGAGGAACGAGAUGGACCAAAGUCUUCUUCCUUAAAACCCUGCCCGUAUAAAGGAUUUCGGAGAGAUAUGGUGGCCGUCGUUGGCAAUUGCACGUAUAAAAGGAAGCUUGUACAAGAUGAGAUUAGACAAAAGGACGGGAUUCUUCUGCUCUUGCAACAGUGCGGCCUUGAUGACGACAAUCCGUACUUAAGGGAGUGGGCCAUUUGGUGUGUCAGGAACUUAUUCGAAGGCAACGAAGAAAACGAAAGGGUAGUGGCUGAAUUGGAGCUUCAAGGGGCUGUUGAUACACCUGAAAUUGCUCAACUUGGCCUUCGGGUAGAGGCAAAUCCUAAUACUAGAAGGCCAAAGCUUGUUAAUAUCUCAUGAAGAAGUUAAUUAAUCUGACGCUGAUUAGUGAUCAUGAAGCUGAUUAUAUUUGAUUAGACGAAUCCACAACGCGUGAUUUUCUCGUUAUAAAUUUUUUCUCUCAGAUCCGGUGUUUUGCUCGAUUGUUUGUAUAUGGUCUGGUUAGUAAGCAAAAUUUCUGAGUUGUGGAAACAGCAUGGAAGGAUGGAUUGUAUUGUAUUGAAUUUAGCAAGCCAAAAAUAAAGAAAAUUCAAAAGACAACCUGAAGUGAAAUUUAAUAACCUGCAAUGCAGGCGGGUCGGAUAAAAUUUAU